AUGCGUAUUUAAGAAGGAGCUAUUGAGACAUUCUAUUAUUAUCUUUGGCUUUAAAAUGAUUCUAUCAAACAAAAUAAAGUUGAGUUUCAUCUCCCUGAUACUCUCAUCUACAGAUUAGGUGUCAUUUAAGUUUUAUUAUUCUUAUUUUUAUAUAUAGGCAUGGUAUUUCACAUAAAACAAUGAAAUCGUUGUUAAAAAACUUGAAAAUAGAACUUUAUCAAAUAUUUAAGCUGCGUUCCUUAAAGAUUGUGAAAAUGAUGCUUGUGCUUAUUUCAUCAGUUGCAAGCCUAGAAGAGAAUUUUACAAUACUUAAGAAACUAGAGGAGAAUUUUUAUAAGAUUAACUUAAUAUUGAUUGCAGAACUUCCAUUCUCUACUUAAAUCAAGAACAAUUUAAAUAAUUCAUUAACAAUUCUAAUAUACAUCGUAAUGGAAUUUUGUAAAAAUUUUCUAAACCUGCUUUGGCUAAAGAAAAUGUUAUCCAAGCUAUUUGGAGUUAAAAUCUCCUACUCUUAAGCUAAAGAAUUAAUAAUGUAGAAUUAUCUUCCAAAUUUGAUGUCUAAGAAAAAUGUUCUACUUUUAAUAGUUCAGAUUCUUACUCUAAAGCUUAUCCAGUUAAGUCUAAAGUAAUAACAACUUAAAUUCAAAGACUUAUAAAUUAUAUCACCACAAGAAUUUGUGUUGUUACUUAUGAAAAAUUUAGAGUUAAUAGAGCUGUACUAUAUUGUAAAGUUGAUCAUCUAUAAAGAAUUAACAUUUUAUAUUGUACAUCUUUAAGAUCCAAUGAUGAAAGUCCCUACCCUAUUUAAUUUGGAUAAUUAACUAGACCUGAAAAUGUUAAAAAUACUAUUACUACUAAUAAAUAAAAACCUAUUAAAUUGAUUAUGGAUAUACAAUGUCUAUCCUGUUAAUAAUUUUGUUAAUCUGAAGAUUUGUAUCCCAUUAAAUACUAAAAAUUAAUCACCUCAGGAGAACAUCAUAGAAUGGACAUCAAAUCUUAUUCUACAGCAGUUAAAAGAGCUGAUCAUUAAUAAACAGAAGAUAAUCCUGAAAACUAUAUUGCUAAUACUACUAAAUUAAUACCAGAUAUCAUAAAAAAGUUGUUUCCAUCUAUGUCUUAUAGUGUAUUCAUUUCUAUUUUUCUUAGGAAUUUGCAGAAAUCAAAUUAAACUCAGCUUUUCUCAAUAAAGAAUUGCUUGUCUGCUUUAAUUGCUAUCUAAAAUACACUUCUAUUAAAUCAAAAUUAACUUAAACUGGCAGAAAAUUAUAAUUAAAAUAAAAAAAUAGAUCUAUUACUGAUAUGAUUAGAUAAGCAUCUCAAGAAGUAUCCCAAAGACAUACUGAAAGAGAUCAUAGUGCUAAUAAGGAAUUUUAAAAAAUGAGUGUAUGUUUAACUUAAAGAGGGUCUUUACUAAAAAAUAUAGAUACUAUAACUAUGAAAUCUACUCUGAAAUCAUCUCAAACUUCAUCGAUUAUGAAAAAUAAUAUCACUUUAAGAAGUACUGCAAGAAAAUCUUCAGUUUGA